AUGCGGGUUCAGGAACUAGCGGAGGUCGUUGCAUCUUUGCAGAAUCGUUUCGACGACUCCCAAAACCAGAUCUCACUACUGGUUGCUCAAAUGCAACAAUUGAAUGAUUCCAUGGGGGUUCUUCAUUCGCAGGCAGGCAAAUCACCGGGGAAUCAGCACGAUUCAAGCACAGGCUCAUCUUCGGCUGGUUCCACAGAUUUUCCGAACGAGAUGGGGAAAAAGGAUACCACAGACCCACGAUCGUUGCUGAAAUUUGUGAAAAUGGAGAUUCCGCUAUUUGAUGGCACAAAUCCAGAUAAUUGGAUUUUCAAAACAGAACUCUUCUUCGAAUUACAGAAGGUUCCACCGGCGUUAAAAGUCCAAUUAGCAGGUCUGAGGAUGGAAGGUCCUGCUUCAUCAUGGUUCCAGUGGACUUACAAAGGAGGAACAAUUCGUCUAUGGCCAGAUUUCACAAAGGCAUUACGGCAGCGUUUUGGUGUGAAGCCACAUCAAAACAUUACGGGCAUGCUUUCUAAGGUAACGCAAACAGGAACACUCAAAGAUUAUUUGUUUGAAUUUGAAAAGUUGAUGAAUCAGACUACCAAUGUUGAUGAUGAUUUGUUAUUGAGUUUUUUUGUUUCGGGGUUAUCUCCUGAUUUACGAAGAGCAAUUGAAAUUCAUGAGCCAAAAACUCUUCAACGAGCAAUGCAUUUUGCAUUUGUUUGUGACGCUCAUUACACAGACCUACGUGUAUCUAUGAAUAAUGGGGCAUCAAACAACCCGAGGAGAACACAAUUUCGCAGCUACCAGUCCAGUGAAGGGGUGACCAAUCAAAUUGCGAACAUAACGCCUUCGGUGGGCACCACAAUACCCAACAAAACUGUAGCAGUCCACUCUUCAACAACUCAGAAUCCAUCAUCUCAGACAUCAACAUCCCAGCAUAGAUGUAAAGGGAAAUUCUUACUUCUGGUGGGUGAGGAGCAGGGCGAGGAGGAAGAUGGUGAGGAAAUUGUUUGGAAUUUUAAUGAGACUGCUGCGGUCAAUGAGGAUGCAGCACUGUAUUCCUUGUCUGAAAUACACAAUUCCAAAGCCUUGAAUUUUGUUACCACCAUUCAAGGACAAACAGUAACAAUACUAGUAGAUACUGGUAGCACGCACAGCUUUAUACAGCGACAUUUAGUUUCAGCUUUGCAGAUCCCAGUGAUACACAUAAGGAAAAUGAGAGUUUUCCUAGGAAAUGGUGAGUUCUUGGUAUGUGACAGUAAAUGCCCGAAGGUGAAGUUGAUGGUGCAAGGCCAGACAUUUGAGAUGGAUUUAUGGGUACUUGAUCUUGAUACACUGGGAAUCAUCUUGGGAAUGACAUGGUUGGAAUCAUUGGGCAAAGUAACACAUGAUUACAACCAACUAACAAUGGAGUUUGAUUGGCAAGGGAAGUUGGUUCAGUUGAAGGGGGAAUCUCAUGAAGGCAUCCAAAAGAAGUCUGUAGUAGGGAGUUGUCUAUCUUUAGCCUGUGAAACGCAACAUCAGUCUGAGACUACAUUGGAUAGUGAAUUAGUGAAACUGCAACCAUCUGUUCAUCUUGAAUUGUGGCAACUUUUGGUGGAAUAUCAAGCUUUUUUUUCCAUUCCAAAGUCCCUGCCACCAUUUCGCUUUAUGGAUCAUGCAAUUCAUUUGGAAAUAGGGUCCAAACCUGUCAAUGUAAAGCCAUAUCGGUAUGGCUAUCAUCAAAAAGAGGAGAUAGAGAAGCAAGUGACCGAAUUGCUGGCUUCAGGCUUCAUCCAAUACAGCACAAGCCCUUAUUCUUCUCCAGUUUUAUUGGUUAAGAAACAGGACAGCACUUGGCGGAUGUGUAUAGAUUAUAGGGCUCUUAAUGCCCUUACUGUUCGGGAUCGGUUUCCUAUGCCUACUAUUGAUGAACUAAUUGAUGAAUUGGGAGGAUCCACUAUUUUUUCCAAACUUGAUUUGAGAGCGGGGUAUCAUCAGAUCAGAAUGCUACCUCAAGACAUACCAAAGACAGCUUUUCGAACCCAUGAAGGACACUAUGAGUAUUUGGUCAUGCCUUUUGGGUUGACAAAUGCUCCAAGCACAUUUCAGGCAGUGAUGAAUAAUCUCUUUCGUCCCUUCUUACGUAGAUUCAUUAUUGUUUUUUUUAAUGACAUCCUUGUAUAUAGCUCUUCAUUACAGGAUCAUAUACAGCACAUGCAGAUUACAUUGCACACUCUUAGCCAGAAUCAAUUUUUUGUUAAAAUGAGUAAGUGUGCCUUUGGAGUGGAGGAGAUUGACUACCUUGGCCAUAAGGUGUCUCACAAAGGGGUUCAUGCUGAUACUAAGAAGAUAGAAGCCAUGCUAUCUUGGCCACCACCUAAGUCAAUCAAGCAACUAAGGGGAUUUCUUGGUCUUACCGGAUACUAUAGACGUUUUGUCCAGAAUUAUGCAACCAUAGCUUCCCCACUCACUGAUUUGUUGAAGCAAGGAGCUUUUAAUUGGGGCGAGGAAGCACAGAAAGCUUUUGAAUUCUUAAAGAUGGCAAUGGCAAGCACACCUGUUUUGGUGCUGCCUAAUUUCAGCCUUCCAUUUGUCCUAGAAACUGAUGCUUCCAAUUCAGGAAUUGGAGCAGUCUUAUUACAACAGGAUAGACCAGUAUCAUUCUUCAGCAAACGCUUGGGACCAAGAUUAGCUACAGCCUCUACAUAUGUGCGAGAAUUAUAUGCCAUCUACGGAUUGUCUCGUUGUUUUGAAGAAGACAACCUUGCUGCAGUUCAUGCUUUACUUGGUGAACCAACCUUUGAUCUACUGGCUCGAAUUAAAGAGGAGAAUGGCAGUGAUAUAUAUUUGAGCUCUUUGCACCAGCAAGUAGCAACUGAUCCUGGAUCAUUCCCUCAACUUUCAGUGAAAGAAGGGAUGUUGUUUCAUAAGCAACGGUUUCUGUUGAGUCCUACAUCCAAGAUCAUACCAGAAAUUUUACAAGAGGCUCAUGAUUCCACAUUUGGAGGUCAUGCUGGAGUCCUUCGUUCUUUACUUCGAGUUUCCUCCUCUUUUUACUGGGACUCAAUGCGCAAGGAUAUUAAGGCCUAUGUCCGCAAUUGCCAAGUUUGUCAACAAUUCAAAUCACCAACUUCAGCUCCACACGGCUUGCUUCAGCCACUGCCAACACCUGAGGGUGUAUUUGAAGAUCUCACCUUAGACUUUAUUGUUGGAUUGCCUUUAUCUCACGGGUUUACUACAAUCUUGGUUACUGUUGAUAGAUUGAGUAAAUUUGCCUACUUUGGAGCUCUUCCUACGUCAUUCACAGCUGCUAAGGUGGCACAUAUUUUUUGUGACAUGAUUGUUAGGAACCAUGGUUUCCCUCGAUCCUUGAUAUCUGACAGAGACAAAAAAAAAUUUGAGCCAAUUCUGGACCAGCCUCUUCAAGCAGAGUGGCACUACUUUGAAGGCCAGUACAGCUUACCACCCCCAAACGGAUGGCCAAACCGAGGUCACUAA